UAUUCUCCAAGCUCGUCGGCAUUACACUGAGGCAGAAGUAGAUGGGUCGAUUUACAGUCUUUACUAUGAUGCCCAUGUAAAAGCAGAGGAAGGAGCUGACAACUACAUUUGUAAAAUUGUUGAGAUGUUUGAGGCAUUUGAUGGGACCUUACAUUUCACCGCACAAUGGUAUUAUAGAGCAAGGGAUACUGUCAUUAAAAACCUUGCGUACUUGAUUGAAGAACCAAAGCGGGUUUUUUAUUCAGAAGUUCAAAAUGACAAUCCAUUGGAUUGUCUUGUUGAAAAGCUGAACAUUUCCAGAGUGUCACUAAAUUUGGAUUUGGCUGCGAAGGAAAAAACAAUUCCACCAUGUGAUUACUAUUGUGAUGCACAAUAUGACUUGGUGUACACUUCAUUUAUUAAAUUUCCAACAGAAAGCAACGAAACUGGUAGUGAUAUUUCAUCAACAAUAUCUUCUGAAACUGAUGUAACUAGAAGAUCUGAUGCGAACUCUCAACAUAAGGAUGCUGUCAAUUGUGAAGAAAAUAAAAGUUCUGAGCUGAAGUUGCUUGACUUGUACUCUGGUUGUGGAGCAAUGUCAACUGGUUUAUGCCUCGGUGGAACCUUGUCCGGUUCAAACAUUGUCACUAGAUGGGCAGUAGACUUGAAUGAACAUGCUUGUGCAAGUCUUAAAUUAAACCAUCCUGAAACUGAGGUUAGAAAUGAACCUGCAAAAAGUUUCCUCGCAUUAUUAAAGGAAUGGGAGAAGCUAUGUAGUUACUUCUCUUUAGUCCAAAACAAGGUGCCACAUGAGCAGUAUGUGGAUCUUUUUAGGGCAGCAGAGGAUGAUGACACUGGAAGUGUAGAAAGUAGUGAGGAAGAGGACGAUGAACUGUUUGAAGUUUCAGAAUUGCUUGCCAUACGCUAUGGUGAUCCAAAUGGGAAAAAAGAGCAAGGUUUAUACUUUAAGGUUCGUUGGAAGGGUUAUGGAUCUGAUGCAGACUCUUGGGAGCCAAUUAAUGGUUUAAGUAAUUGCAAGGAAACAAUAAAGAAUUUUGUCAUUCAAGGCUUCAAGUUGAAUACCUUGCCUUUGCCUGGUGAUGUUGAUGUAAUAUGUGGUGGACCUCCUUGCCAAGGUAUUAGUGGUUUCAACCGCUUCCGAAACAAAGAUCACCCAUUGGAGGAUGAGAAGAACCAACAACUAGUGGUUUACAUGGAUAUUGUUCAAUAUCUUAAGCCCAAAUUUGUUUUGAUGGAAAAUGUAGUUGAUAUUGUAAAAUUCGCAAAUGGUUUUCUUGGAAGAUAUGCUUUGGGCCGUCUUCUUCAAAUGAAUUAUCAAAGUAGCUUGGGAAUUAUGGCCGCUGGAGCUUAUGGGCUUCCUCAGUUUCGCUUGCGUGUCUUCAUUUGGGGGGCAGCACCUUCAGAGAAGCUUCCUCAAUUUCCACUUCCAACACAUGAUGUUAUAGUAAGAGGUGUCAUUCCUGUGGAGUUUGAGAUUGAGAAUGAUGAAAGACGGGAUGAGAUGCAAUAUGACAAACCUCCCCAGACUGAGUUUCAGAAAUUUAUUAGAUUGAGCAAAAAUGAAAUGUUAGGUAUUUCGUCUGGAAAAAGUUCAAAGUCCAUACUUCAUGAUCACCGUCCACUAAAAUUAAAUGUGGAUGAUUAUCAACGUGUGUGUCGAAUCCCUAAAAAGAAGGGUGGAUGCUUCAGAGAUUUACCUGGUGUUCGUGUGCGACCAGAUAAUAAGGUUGAAUGGGAUCCUAAUGUAGGACGAGUUUAUUUGGAUUCAGGAAAACCAUUGGUUCCUAAUUAUGCCAUGUCUUUUGUGGACGGAACGUCAUCAAAACCUUUUGCUCGGUUAUGGUGGGAUGAAACUGUUCCAACUGUUGUGACUAGAGCAGAACCUCAUCAUCAGGCAAUUAUGCAUCCAGAGCAAGAUCGGGUUUUGUCAAUUCGUGAAAAUGCAAGACUUCAAGGUUUUCCUGACUACUAUAAGCUAUGUGGGCCGGUUAAAGAAAGGUACAUUCAAGUUGGGAAUGCAGUUGCAGUUCCAGUGGCUCGAGCCUUAGGAUUUACUUUAGGACUUGCCUUUCAAGGUUUAGUUGGUGAAGGACCACUCUAUAAAUUGGAUGAGAAAUUUCCCAUGCUUAGGGAAGCUUCUUCCGAGUUAGAAGACAAUUCGUAAUGUAACAUGAAUUUUCAUUUGUGUAUGGACAAGUACAAUUUAUUAUGUUUCGUCAUGUAUUCGUAAGUUGUAUGAUCAUUGAUUGAAAACAUUGUGAUGUAUUAUUACAUUUAUUGUUUGGGAUGCAGAUGUUCUGGCUCUGUCUCAACUUGAAAUUAAACAUUAUUGAUAAAAAACUU